AUGGAGUCAAUAGCCCACAAAAUUGCUCUCAAAUUCACCAGGGUCAAUUUCGUCCCAGAAAAAGUUACAAACAGAUAUUAUAACAGGGGUAAUUUGGUCCAAAUUAAAUCACCUACCACCACCCUAACCACCCCUUCCAGUAGAAAUACUCGGCUUUUUUCACCAAUCUCUGUGUCAAAAGGAGCUGCCGGAACCGGAGCAGGUGAAGAACCCGAGCUGAAAACGAUCCCGAUCGGAGAUCCAGUAAGCUCAGUAGAUAUGGCGCCUCAUGAUCCGAUUCUUAAAGACGAACGUAUCGCUGGGAUUGCUUCUGCUAUUCGGGUCAUACCCGACUUUCCUAAACCAGGGAUCAUGUUUCAGGAUAUAACGACUUUGCUACUUGAUCCUAAGGCGUUUAAGGACACUAUUGAUUUGUUUGUUGAGAGAUAUAAGGACAAAAACAUCAGUGUGGUUGCAGGUAUUGAAGCAAGAGGUUUUAUCUUUGGUCCUCCCAUUGCAUUGGCUAUUGGAGCAAAAUUUGUCCCCAUGAGGAAACCCAAGAAGUUACCUGGGGAGGUUAUUUCAGAAGAGUAUUCUUUGGAGUAUGGAACAGACAAGAUGGAGAUGCAUGUAGGUGCUGUGCAAGCUGGUGAACGUGCCCUCGUGGUAGAUGAUCUAAUUGCGACUGGAGGGACUCUAACUGCUGCGAUUAGGCUUCUUGAGCGUGUUGGAGUUGAGGUAUUCGAGUGUGCAUGUGUCAUUGAGUUGCCAGAAUUGAAGGGCCGGGAACGCUUAGGAGAUAAGCCACUGUUUGUUCUUGUGAGCUGAACCUGAUCUUCAAUUUGGUAAGGCUCUGGACAGAGAGCUUCAUUAAGAUGGAAUUGUUUCGUAGUGUGACAUUUUGGAGAGGAUAUAUCUCAUUUUUAUUAAAACCAUUGCCAAUUCUGGCGUUCUUGUGUGGAUUGAAAUAAGCCCUUCUUAGGUGCUUUCAGUUUAAUUAGCUGUUCUAAGAGAUAUGUUCUCAAUGAAUUAAGUCCAAUUUCUAUCGUCGUUGUUGUAGUUUUAAUCUCUUUUGAGCCAUUCAUUUGUCCGUGGUCCAUAUGUGCAAAUCUUGUAUUCUGGCCGGUGGAUCACCUGGUGCAUUGUAGUGGGAACAAUGUAUUUCCAGAUAAAUGAUGUUUGGCCAUUAGCAUUA